AUAUUCUUUUUUUUUUUUAUUUCUUUCUUUUCCUUUUUUUUUUCAAUAUUAUACGACAAUGGCUUCUCAAUUACCAAAGCUUAUACCACCUUUUCGCUAUGCCAUGGUAGAAGAAGAUCUAUUUCGAGGUGCUUAUCCUAAACCACGGAACUAUCGGUUUUUAAGAAGAUUACAACUCAAAACUAUACUCUCGUUAAUUCCAGACAUGCCAACUCCAGAACUACAAGCAUUCUGUAAAGACGAAAACAUUCAUAUGUUACGUUUAACAGUGGAUCGAAUGAAAGAAGAUAACAUUCCUCUCAGUUACAACAAGACCAUCUUGGCAUUACAGAUCAUUAUUGACCCAGAAAAUCAUCCGUUAUAUAUCCAUUGCUUAGAUGGUGCCGACGUUACUGGUUUGGUUAUCGCUUGUCUACGAAAAUUACAAAUGUGGAGUUUGUCAAGUGCACUAUUGGAAUUCUCAAGGAAUUUACAUACCAGUGUGAUUAGCUCUGAAGAAUCCGAAUUUGUGGAACAUUUCAAGAACUUUGAAGUCACUAUUCCAGUAUCAAUUCGAUCAUGGUUAUGGGGUGGCAAGGUCAACUUUAGAAGACAUUCAAGUCUACGACUCAAGUUUUUAAAUCCGGAAAUGAUGACAGAUGAAGAAAGGGAACUUAAACAAAAGGAAAAAAGAAAAGAAAAGGAAAAGGAAGAUUUUUACAAGAAAAGGAAAAAUGAUUUGUUGGAUAAUUUGUUCGAUUCACCCAGUUCAGGUAGUUCAAGAAGUCAUCAUCGUGCUAAUUCUAUUUAUACUUCCAGUGCAGCCAACAGCAAUAAUACCAGUAAUAGCAGCAUUAACAACAAUACCAAUAACGAGAAUAAUAAUUCGACCCAUUUGAUGAACAAAUCCAGUCAUAGUAGUAAUAACAGCAGUACUAGUAGUCUUAGUCUUGUUGCUAUUGGAUCACACAAUAACUCGGCGCCAGGUAGUGGGACAGGAACAAGCAAAGUAGGCUCCCCUUGUAUUUUAUCAGAGGAUACUUCAAAACGAUCUCCCAAGGUAACCAUGACAAACGACAAGGAUGAAAGUCGGGAGAACAACGAUGAUCUGGUUGGUAGACGACAACAAAGACGCAACAAAUCCAGCAAUGACCAAUACUUGGUGGACGUCGAUGUGGAUAUUGAAGGUGUGAUGAUGGAUGGGUUGGAUCAAGUAUACUCAGGUUACUAUGACAAUGACAAUUCGGAUGGUUUGAUGGUCGAUGAUCUUGGUAUCAUGUACGAUGAUAAUUCUACUUCAAGAUAUAUGGAACCCAUCAGCAAAACGUUGGAGGCUCUGGCUUUGGAAGGAUUAGAUUAGUUUUGUAUAUAUUUUUUUU